AUGGCUCGGCUGCAGGGGCGGCGGCGGCUGUAUGAACAGCAGCAGCAGCAGCAGCAGCAGCAGCAGCAGCAGCAGCAGCAGCAGCAGCAGCAGCAGCAGCAGCAGCAGCACGCGGCGGCACAGCCAGGCUCCCCGAGCUCGCCGCCAGCGGUGGCGACUGAAGAAGUUGCAGAGGCAUCCGCCGCUCAUCGGGAUCGCGGCAAGGGGUUUGCCCAGACUGCUAAAGAGGGACCUGCUCCGAAAGGGGGGCCGCGGCAGCAGCACGCCACAGCAGCGUCUAUCCCUGUCCACUGCGGGCCGGCGGGCUCCGGCUCCGGCGACGUCCGCGGCGGCGGCGGCGCCGGCGAGCGGUCGUCCCCGGGCACGGCGCCGCCAGCAGUCGCCUGCGGGAGUGGUGCCGCGACGCGCAGCGGCGCGCGCCUGCAGCCAUGCGAGCCCGGGUGCCUUGCAGACGCGCGGGGCUGGGUGGACGCGUGGCCGGCGGCGGUCGGCAGCACGCGGCUGCUGGCAGCGCUUCGGGCGGCCCAGCGGUGCGGCGGCCGCGACGACAGCUGCGGCGGCGGCGGCGGCGGUGCCGGCAAUCGCCGGGCGGCGGGCGCGUGCGGCGGGGCCGGAGGGCUCGGCGGCGGCGCUGCUCCGGACUGCUGGUACCUCUUUAGCGACGGACUGGCGGACGACGCGGCGGACUGCCUGCAGUGGGUGCAGUCCGAGAGGGCGGAGGGGCGGGGGCCGCCACCAAUUCACACAGUCG